AUAUUCUCUCUAUAUAUUUAUGUAUAUAUAGAUAUAUAGAUGCCAUAUUCUCUCAAAUUUCUAAAUCAACCGCUUUUCAUCUUCUUUCGAUUCUGAUUGAUUGAUUGACUGACUGAAUGGUCUUGUUGCUGCUUGCAAAGCUUGAUUCUGGACCGCUGCAUUGGUGGUCGUUUGAUUCGCGUUCAAAGAAGGUUUCAUCGAAGUCAUUGAUGAUCACGGCUUGAAGAUACGAAUUUAGAAUUGGAGGAAUAUAAGAGGAAUAGAUAUGUUUGACGCAUUAUUGAAAAGCAAGUUCUACUCCAGAUGCAAGUCAGGAAUCAAACUGACGAACAAGCGAAUCGAGAUAAUAAUGAGAAAGAGGAAGGCAAUGCAGAAGUUUUUGAAGAACGAUAUUGCUGAUCUUCUUAGGAACGGUCUCGAUUCAAAUGCUUAUGGCAGGGUUGAAGGGCUAUAUCUUGAGCAGAAUUUGUCAUCAUGUUACGAAUUUGUCGAACAAUCAUGCUUGCUCAUUUUAAGUCAUCUCUCAGCAAUGAAUAAACAGAGGGAAUGCCCUGAGGAAUGCAAGGAAGCUAUUCCAUCUGUGAUUUUUGCUGCUGCAAGAUUUGCUGAUUUGCCUGAAUUGAGGGAAGUCAGAAGUUUAUUUAAUGAGAGAUACGGGAAUUAUCUUGAACCUUAUGUCAACAAAGAGUUUGUCAAGAAGUUGAAAGCAGACCCUCCCACUAAGGAAAUGAAGCUUCAAAUGAUUCAAGAGGUUGCACUUGAAUCUGGUAUACAGUGGGAUUCCAAGGCUUUGGAACAGUCAUUGUAUAAACCACCUCCAUUUGUACAAGAUUGGUCUCAAUAUGCCAACGAAAGAAACCAUGAAGCACUUAAAACUCACCAUCAAAAUGGUUUUGAAACCAGAAUUCAAGAAAAAGAAGAGAAACACAGCAACAAGCAAACUGAAGUUGCAAAGAAGGGCCAUAAUGCUUUGCCAUACAAGUCAAGGGCUGAAAUUGAAAAGAAAGAGGAGAAAAAACAUGGCCAUGGAAGUGUUUCAUCUAAUUGGUCUAGCAACACUAGUUCUUCUAGUGAGAGUACAACUAGUCCAGAAUAUAGUGCUUCUGAAGAUUUACCUGAAGAAAGAAAGUCUUACCCAUUAAGAUCAAUGGCUCCUCCUUCCAUCAAAACAGAUUCAACCAAAAAGGACAUCUCUUCUGGUUUUGGCAGGGAAGAAGAGGUAUCUGGAUCAAAAUGUAAAGAUGGUAAUCUUCAAAAUGGUUCAGAGGAUAUACAAAAAAGCAGAAAGCUGUAUGGAUUCAGAUCAAUGGCUCCUCCUCCUUACAUCAAAACAGAUUCAACCAAAAAGGCAACGGUUUCGGAUCUCUAUUCCGGAUAUGGUAGGGAAGAAGAGGUAUUUGGAUCAAAAUGUAAAGAUGGUAAUCUUCAAAGUGGUUCCGAGGAUAUACAAGAGAGAAGAAAGCCGUCUGGAUUCAGAUCAAUGGCUCCUCCAUACAUCAAAACAGAUUUAAGCAAAAAGGCUACAAUUUCCAGUACUUCUUUUGGUCCCGGCAAAGAAAAGGUAGCUGGAUCUAAAUGUGAAGAGUCUGUAAAUAUAACCAAGCCGGUACCAAGAUCAGUGCGGAUUCGAAGAGCCUUAAAGCAAGUGACCAAUGAAGUUUCAGAACCAUGUCCAAAAAUUUCGAAUGGUGAAUACCGUGAUCUUGAUCAUGGAGAUGAAGCUGAAAAGAAAAUGGACAAGCUUUUGAGUCACUACAGCAGAAAGGCUUCGAAAUUACCGGCUGAUUCAAGCAUGGUGAACAAUGCUCAUGGUCCAAUACGAGCAGGUUCACUUCCGCAUGAACCAGUAAGUGCAACAAAUGAACGAAAAGGGAUUGCAAGGGCAGCUACGUUUCAACCGGAUUCAGGUUUAAGUCCACUGGSUCAUGUACAUCCAAAACUUCCUGAUUAUGAUGACUUUGUAGCGCGAUUAGCAGCUUUUAGAGCAAGUUCUUAGAUGUAAUAAGCUUAUAUUUAGAAUUCAGCACCUUGCUGUUAGUAUUUUGAGGGGUAUGUAGAUUUUAAUUGUGUGUUACUAAUGAAGGAUUUGAAAUUCAUUGGUGAAGACAGGAGUUAUUGCCAAAAGCCCAAAACAAUGUACCUGGAUUACUGUUGUAUGUUAAUUGUUACUUUAAACAAACCUGGUGCACAAUCAUUUGUAUAU